CAAAUUCCAGAAUCUUGUCAAAGGUGGCCUCUUCCUCCUUCAUGACACUUUCUCAUACGACCCUGGCCCUAGCCAUCGUCAACAGGUGUCAUCAACACUAUAAAAAAAAUAGGCACGUAUCAGUACCGAGCAGGCAAACAACUCGCAAUUGCUUAAACCCACAAAAGCUCCAGCAAGCAAUUCCUUCCAACGCUCUCACACCAAACGAAUCUAUUCUUUCUCUGCAGCUUCUCGUUUGCUAGUUCUCAAAAGCUUUUUUAUUCUUUGUACUAGAAAGACUAAUUCUUUUCAAGCCGGAAAAAAUGGUUGCCAUGUCUAAGAUAGCAACUGGCAAUGGUCAUGGUGAAAACUCCCCUUACUUUGAUGGCUGGAAGGCAUACGAGACAAAUCCUUUUCAUCCUACAGAGAGACCUAAUGGAGUCAUUCAGAUGGGUCUUGCUGAGAAUCAGCUUUGUUUUGACUUCUUCCAAAAGUGGCUCAUGAAACACCCAGAAGCCUCCCUCUGCAGUCCAGAAGGUGUAAGAAAAUUCAAGGAGACUGCACUUUUCCAGGAUUAUCAUGGGAUGCCUGAGUUUAGAAAAGCUGUUGCAAAAUUCAUGGGGAAAGUGAGGGGAGACAGAGUAAAAUUUGAUCCAGACCGCAUUGUUAUGAGCGGUGGAGCAACCGGAGCUCAUGAGAUGGUUACCUUCUGUUUGGCAGAUCCUGGUGAAGCAUUCCUGGUUCCUACUCCUUAUUAUCCAGGAUUUGAUCGCGACUUGAGGUGGAGAACGCGUGUCGAGCUUGUUCCAGUCGAUUGUGAGAGUUCCAAUAAUUUCAAGAUCACUAGAACUGCAUUGGAAGCUGCAUAUGAACAAGCGCAAGCAGCUAACCUCAGAGUCAAGGGUUUGCUCAUAACCAACCCAUCAAACCCAUUGGGUACUAUCUUGGAUAGAGAGACGUUGAAGAGUAUUGUAAGCUUCAUAAAUGAAAAGAACAUUCACCUGAUCGGCGAUGAGAUUUAUUCUGCCACAGUUUUCAUGGAGCCUGAGUUCGUUAGCAUUUCUGAGAUUAUAGAGGAAGACAUCGAAUGCAAUCGUGAUCUCAUCCACAUUGUUUACAGUCUUUCGAAGGACAUGGGUUUGCCUGGCUUCAGGGUUGGCAUUGUGUACUCAUACAAUGAUGCUGUGGUGAGCUGUGCCCGCAAAAUGUCCAGCUUUGGACUGGUGUCCUCACAAACUCAGCAUUUGAUUGCAUCAAUGCUAUCAGAUGAUGAUUUUGUUGAGAGUUUCAUUGUGGAAAGCAAAGAGCGGUUAUUCAAAAGGCACAAGUAUUUCACUUGGAGCCUUUCCCAAGUUGGCAUUGGUUCUUUGCAGAGCAAUGCUGGCCUGUUUAUAUGGAUGGAUCUGCGUAAACUCCUGAAAGAGAAGACAUUUAAAGCCGAAAUGGAUUUGUGGCAGGUAAUAAUCAAAGAAGUUAAGCUCAAUGUUUCCCCCGGUUCUUCUUUCCAUUGCCAGGAGCCAGGUUGGUUCAGGGUUUGUUUUGCUAACAUGGAUGACAACACCGUGGAAGUUGCUUUGAUGAGAAUCAGAACUUUUAUGCUUAAGAACAAUGAGGCCAUGGUUCCUCGUAGCAAACUAUGCAGGCGAAGCAGCCUUAAACUCAGCUUGUCUCGAAGAAAGGAUGAUUUCAUCACGUCACCAGGCAUCAUGUCUCCUCACUCUCCCUUACCGACCUCGCCUCUGGUCCGAGCAAGGACUUAAGCUGAACGACGGCUUUUCGCCACUAUAUAUAUUACUAGGAAAGGAUUGAAUCUUUCUUUCCUCCUUCCGUGCUAGAAACUUUAUCUUAGUUGUGUUUUACGUUGAUCUGUAAAUUAGAGGAUCGGCGGCUGCAUUGUUUCCCAUGGAGAUGACCCCGUGCGCAUAUACGAUCCAUUUGGCGGAAACUCUCUAUCACAUGGGACUCCUUGGUUUCGUGAUCGCUAUCCUUUUUCUUCAACAAUUGUAAACUUUUUGUCUUUCCUCAUGCAAAAGUGCAAGUGAGGGAAGUUUAUUCAAUAUGCUUGUGAGCAAUGCUUGUGCGCACACGUAUACUAUUGUUGGUUGUUUUCUUUUGUUUGUUAGAUCACUGCAACAAAAAAUGUCUAGUUCUGAUUUGUAAUGGUGAACCUAAUUAUCAAUGUGUAAAAUAAAGGUUUAUUUUUAAAA